AUGGUAUUAGAGGUAAAUGGUAAAAUUAUCACGGAUUCACAGCAAAUGGCAGGUCUUUGGUCAAAUUAUUUUGAACAGUUAGCAACACCUUCAGAAGAUAAUGAGAAUUUCGAUCGAAUUCACCGAAUUGAAAUUGAAAAUGAUAUCGUAGAAAAAUCAAAGAAUGCUCUAGGCUGUAUAGUUACUGUACCGUUAACAACUCAGGAAAUUUCGGAGGUUAUUAGAGGCCUACCAAAGGAAAAAGCCCCCGGAUAUGACGGAAUCACGUAUGAGCACCUAAAAUUUGGCGGAGAAAUGAUCAUACAUGCAUUAUUAAAUCUUUACACUUGUAUUAUCGAUAGAGAAGAGAUUCCAAGUUCAUUUGAAUUGGCAGUUAAAAUCCCAAUUUCUAAGGGCAAUAAGAAAACACACAUGUUUGAUGAUCAUCGAGGAAUAAGUCUCCUGCCGUGUGUUAAUAAAAUCUUGGAACGUAUAGUAUUGUCACGAUUACAAAAGCAACAAAAUUGUCUCCAUCAUUCGCUCCAGGGUGGAUAUAAAAAACAAAAAGAUGCUCUCACGACAUGUUUUGCAAUUGAAGAGGUGCUAAAUCACUGUUCCGAGGACAAUGAUAAAGUCUAUGCAGCCUAUAUGGACAUCUCAAAAGCUUUUGACACUAUGUGGAUUAAUGGAAUGGUUUACAAGCUAAACUACACCGAAGGGGUAACUGGUAAACUUGGCGGCUCAUACGAAAUUGGUACUUGA